CAAUUGGGACAGUUCCCUCCUUCCCAGCAGGGGAGUGUUUGAAAGAAAGGAGUGAAUGAUAAGAGACGACUGAAGGAGAGAGAGAGAUCAGAAAGAGUUAAAAGAUGCAGAGAGAUGGAGAGGGCAAGACAAUAACAGAGUGAACAAAACGAAGAUAAAUUCAGCCGGCAAUAUUAUAAACACAGAAGACAGACCAAGAGAGGAUUCUGCAGCAACACUGACCUGAGCAGGAUUAUAUUACGCUGCACUGCACACACAAACACACACUUACGCAGAGGUGUGUGAUGCUGACAUCAGACAGCCAUGAGCAGGAUGCUGGCUCUCUUCUGCUUAAUUUCACUGGCGGCACCUCUAACGGACGCAUGGAGACCAUCACAACCACGACUGCACUUCCAACACUCAGAGCUGGUGCGGAGCGGCAGGCUCAUGUCUCUCUCUGUGCCUGCUGGGGAUCUGAACUCUCUGCUGCCAGAUGAAGAUGGUCGUCGUCUUUACAUCGGCAUGAAAGACCAUCUGCUGUCCGCCAGCCUGGAUGAUAUUACUCAAACCCCCCGCAAGAUUUACUGGCCUGCAAGCCCAGAUUGGAUCCAGAACUGCAUCAUGGCUGGAAAAAACCUGCAGACGGACUGUGCAAACUUCCUGCGUGUGUUAGAGCUGUAUAACCAAACACAUCUUUACGCCUGUGGGACUGGAGCAUUCAACCCUCGCUGUGCCUUCAUCCCCACCAACCUCUUCCUCAGGGCCGAGGAACAAAUGCUGCAGUAUGAAGACACUGAAUCAGGGAAGGGAAAAUGUCCUUAUGACCCUCACCAGAGAACAGCUACCGCUAUCAUAGACGGAGAGCUGUUCGCUGGCAUCUCAUCUGACUUUCUAAGUCAUGAUACCGCUUUUAUUCGGAGUCUGGGGGAGCGACAUGCGAUUCGCACUGAACAAUACGACUCUACAUGGCUGCAAGGCGCUGAAUUUGUACAUGUAGCAGCGAUGUCAGAGAGUGAUAAUGAGGAGGAUGAUAAGGUGUACGUGUUCUUUACUGAGCGUGCCCAGGAAGCAGAGGGGGCUACUGGGAAGGUCCUCUAUUCUAGAGUCGCCCGCGUCUGCAAGAAUGAUAUUGGUGGUCAGCGUAGUUUGGUUCAUAAAUGGAGCACCUUUCAGAAAGCUCGUAUUGUUUGCUCCGUACCAGGACCCGACGGCAUACAGACACACUUUGACAAACUCCAGGAUAUUUUCAUUCAGCGUGGAAAGGACAAAAAGAACCCCUUCAUCUAUGGGCUCUUCACCACUACCAGCAAUGUCUUGAAUGGAUCCGCCGUGUGUGUUUACCGCAUGCAGGACAUUAUUAGAGCUUUUAAAGGAAAUUUCCUUCAUAGGGAGGGUCAACAAUACAGGUGGACAGAAUAUACAGGCAGAGUUCCCUAUCCUAGACCUGGCACAUGUCCCAGCAGCACAUAUGGAGGGUUCAAAUCAACAAGGGAAUAUCCUGAUGAGGUCAUCUUCUUUAGCCGCACACAUCCUUUAAUGCAGGAAGUGGUACAACCUCUUGGAGGUCAUCCUUUGCUCAUCAGAGUGGGCGUGCCUUAUAAACUGACCCGCCUCCUUGUGGACAGAGUGGAGGCGGUGGAUGGACAAUAUGACGUUCUGUUCAUUGGUACAGAUUCUGGCCUGGUUCUGAAAGCGAUUCACCUGCCUAAAGCCAACGGACAGAAUCAGGAGAUCACUCUGGAACAGCUGCAGGUUUUUAAGAACAAGUCACCAAUCACGGCCAUGACGCUGUCCAAGAAAAAGCAGUGGCUGUUUGCUGGAUCAGCAGAGGGUGUGGUUCAAUUGGGUCUGUUCCACUGCGAUUUGUACGGCCAAGCCUGCGCUGAAUGCUGUCUCGCUAGAGACCCAUACUGCACCUGGGACGGCCACUCUUGCAGCCCUUACAUGCCAACUGCACGCAGAAGAAACAUUCGUCAGGUUAACGAUGACGGCAACCCGCUGAACCAGUGUGUCAGACAGGGAGCUGGUCUUCAGGUGGAUGCAGAGGAGAAGACACAAGUUGUUGCAUUGGGUAAUAGCACCUUUCUGGAGUGUCUACCCAAAUCUCACCAUGCCACGGUCACCUGGUUUAAAGACAUCGGUGAGAACAGCUUGGAGCAACAUAAGGUCACAUCUGGGGAGCAGCUGGUUGUCAUUGACAGGGGCAUCCUCAUUCCCCGGGCUGAGCUCAAUCAUGGCGGCAUUUAUCAUUGUCAGCUUGAAGAGCAUGGAUUCCGCUGGACAGCCGUUAUUGUUCGUUUAAUUGUGUGGAGCCCCACCCUGCGCUCCACCCUUGUCUCCGCCCAGCCAUGGUACCAGGAUGUGAUGGCAUUGAUCAACCACAGCAAACUGGAGCGACACUGCAAAGAACUCAGUCAGCGUCACAACAACAAGGAAUCAGGGAACCACAAGCAUAACAAACAGGAGAGAAAGAGAGCAGACCGGCACAGAGGAGGGGGAGAGAAGGAGAAAGGAAGGGGGCGGAAGAACCGGAGCCGAAUGCAGAGUUCAGCACAGAGGCUGCCGAGGAGUGCAUAGACCGAAUCACGAGUGUUUAAAAAGCUGCUCAAAACAAUAUAAUACACAGCAUCAUAUUAACAGACUUGCUUUGUUUCAAAACCUAAUGAGCUGCCUGCAUGCAAGUUUAAAAAAAUACAUGCAAGAUGGGGGAUGAAGAAAGAAAAAUGUUGAUAAACUUAUAUUUUAUUAAAUUCAUUUAAAGAAGUGUAUCAAUGUUGAGUGAUCAUAAGUUUGGGUGCAGCAAGAUUUUUGCAAUUUCAAAAGUGAUAGUAAAGACAUUAUUACAAAAGAUUUAGAUUUCAAACAAAUGCUGUUCUUUUGAACUCUAUUCAUCCAAAAAUUGUAGCACUGUUUCCACAAAAGAAUUAAUCAGCACAGCUGUUUUCAUAAUUGAUAGUAAUAAUAAUCAAAUAAAAAUCAGCAAAUUAGAAUGAUUUCUGAAGAAAUGUGACACUGAAGAUUGGAGUAAUGGCUGCUGAAAAUUCAGCUUUGCCAUCACAGCAAUAAAUUAAAUUUAUAAAAUAUAUUAAAAUAGAAAACAGUUAUUUUACUGUAUUUUUGAUCAAAUAAGUGCAGCCUUGGUGAGCAUGAGACUUUACUUCUUACUGACCCCAAACUUAUUAACAGUAUUGUAAUUAAAAACAUAUUAUUUUACCAAAUAUUUCAUGUGUGCUAUGACAUGCUAACUGAAAACGUCAUUGCAUGUCAAGAAUAUCUGUGUGUCGUCCAGAAUUGUAGAGUGUCAAAUCUCUUAAUGAGUUCAGUGACAAGUAGAAUGCUGCCUAUGUAGGCAAUGAGGCAGCUCACUAGGUUCUGGAACAAAGCUAGUAUCUGAAUCAUAUGAAGGAUUGUUACCAAGCAAAUUAAGAAUGAUCUGGUAUAGGUGUGGUAAAGAAGAAGUGUUUACUUUAAUAUUAAAAACCAAUUUAUUAUUUGAGGACUGUGUUAAGCAUAUUUGGCAAAUCUUUUAAGGCAAGGGAGUGUCCCCAAAUGAUCCUCUGUUGAAUAAAAGAGAAAUCUUCCAAAGUUAGGGAGUAUCUUAAAAUGUUCUUUGUUUAAAAAGACUUCGGUGUUGAUGGCACUUUUUCAUCUGUACUGAAAUGUAUUGCCUUAUUUAUCUUUCAUGGUAUUUAUUUUCCUUGUGUUUUUGUGCUUUGUGUCUAUUGUCUUGCAUUUUAAGUGUAAAAAUUGUACAUGGUAUUUUUUUCUGUUUUGUAUUUAAAUAGGGUGUAAUUCUGUCUCUGACGUCACUCAUUAAGGUUUCGAGACAUUUAUUUAAAUGAAUUAACAAAAGCAAAAUCCCAAAAUGCAGCAGAUCCUGUAGGAUGAUGAACGAUGUGUUUCUCUGGGGAUCGAUGGAGGCACAAAGGGUGUGUUAUUUUACUGGACUGGAACAGCAGCUACUUUCUUCUGCACAUGGACAGAUGCACGACUGCCAAGAAGUUUGGCACCCGCCCUGAAAGGCCUCCAUUCAGAAGGAUGGAAAACCGAAAAGUAAAUUAAGAAAAAAGGAUUUAAAGGCUUUAAAGUACAGUACAAACAGAGAGAGAAGAGGAGCAAAUUCAAAUGCGGUCAGACCCAAACCACAUGACAGAGACAGAAGCAGUGAUCUGUGUAUAUGUUGGAGCAGCUCGGUUCGCCAGGAGACGCAAACAAAACUCAAAUGUUGUUAACAGUCAUAAAAUAAACAAAGAAAAUGUAGAAUAGAUGUUUCAUGUUCAUGUUUUACAUAUGAAGAGGUAAAUCCUGCCCUCAGUUAUUUAAAUCUUGUGAAUCGUGUGACUUUGUCUUACCUUUAACUGUAAAUCUGGUUUUCAUUAAUGGACUUUGAACCUUGAAUAAAAUGUUUUGGAAGACUCUCAUGAAAUUGAGAGAAUUCAGCAUUGCA